CAGAGGAAUGCUUCCACUGCCUCUGGCAAGUCACACUUUUAAUUGCAACGCCGCCGCCGCCGCUUGAUUGCUGCCAAUCGGGGUGACCUUUUCUUGAACUAAAAACCAACUUCGCGUGCUAGUGCCGUAUCGAAAUCACCAUGCCCUUGCCGACGCUCCUGCCGCGUGUUCCGCUUCGUUUCGUUGUCGAACCCAAACCAAAAUUCUCCUCCCACCGCGCACGAGACUUUUCAUCACCCAACCGAACGGCCAACACACAGGAAAAAAGGCGCACGCAAUCGCCAUUUCACGCACACUCACACACACACACACACACCGACGACGAGUUCUGCGCCUGUUGAAUGCCCCGUCGUGAAGCUGAACAAACCUGGAAUCCGGAGCUGGAAUCGGAGCGAGAGAGGGAGCGCGCUUCUCGUAUCACGGUUCGUGUUUUGAUUGCUGGGUGUGAAUCGCGCAUUCAAUCCAUUGCGAACAUUUCACCCGAAAAGUUUGGCUUUGUCUUUGUCUCUGUGGUUGUUUUGUUUCUUUCUGUUUUUUCCCGCGGACAUCUUUUGCGUUGUUAGCCCGUUUUUUGGAAUGUCCGAUAAGUUGAAGGAAGCGCCCAGUAGCCGCGACAGUACGAUGGAAGCGAAGAAUACCGUCGAAAUUCCGCUCACCAGUUCCGACGGGAAGGAGGAGGAAGGAACAACGCCCAAGAAACGCCGUGGACCAAACCUGGACGGUCUGGAUUGGGAUGUGCUCCGCUCGUAUAGAGGGGCCCUGAAGUUGGCGCAGAUUGUGGUGGGAAUCGUUGUUCUUGGAUUGGAGUAUCCGAGGGCGCAUUUGAGUGUGGCAGAAUAUAUUCUAUUUUUCGUUACGCUAAAUGUAACGUUCGUCACGUUUGUGGUUUUGCUCGAUUCGUUGCUGAAAAAACGUUUUUCAGUUGAGAACACUUUCGGAGCAAAACUUUGGCCCCUGGUAGAACUGCGAUUCACCUGCGGAGUGGCACUGGUGCUACACUGCCUCGCCUUCUGGACGCUGAUGGGAACCAUUAACCUGUGGUGGAUAACAGCUCAACGAGCUCUCGGCAGUGUUUUUGCCUUUGUGGCCAGCGCACUGUAUUUCGCCGAUUGGUGGAGACUUUUUAGUGGCCGGAGCGCACCCAAAACUGUGGAGCAAAUUACCGUGAGUUAAAUUCCACACCGCUUUCAAACUCGAAACAGUGUCCGACAGCGGAUGCGUUAAUUUUGUUAUUCAACGCACGGCCACUCUGCCAACAGAAGCAGUCAGGAAAAAAUAUUGAAAAAAACAAAAGAGAGAGAGACAGAGAGAAUACGUGAUUCCGUGAAGGUCGUAGAAUAAUGCGUCACACCCUCGGAUGCGAGUGCAACGCGAUCGAACCGAAAUCCAGCCAUUUACUCUAACAGCGUGUACAAAUAAUUACUUCCAGCUUUGCGCACCAUCUGGAAUGUGUGCAGUCGUGUUUCUUUUUUCUCACUUCUACUGCUUUGAUGUAGACUAAAUAUAUGUUAAUAACAAAUUUUACUGCUCUUUGUCAGUUUGGGAUCUACAUUGUAUCAAACUUCGUCCCUUCGAUAGACAAACUGGCAACAAAUAAGUGUAACGAAAUUCCGCCAUAUCUUAUGCAUGUGUGUGCAAGUGUAUUUUUAUGUGUGCUAGUAUUAUUAUUAUAUUGGACCAAUGCAAUAAAAUAAACCAAAAUAUAUCUAUAUACAUAUACAUACCCUACUAAGUGUCGAAAGUAAAA